AUGGGGAGUGAGCCCCGCCCCGCGGGCCGGCCGGGCCAAUGGGUGGCGGGGGCAGGGGCAGGCCGGGGGGCGGGCUCAGCAUGGCGGCCGCGGCGCUGCGCGGGGCUCGGGGCUUGGCCCGGGGCGUGGGGGCAGAGAUGCUACGUGGCUGCCGGGGGGCAGGACGGGGAGGUGCAGAAGGCUCAGCGGGCAGCCGAGGCCAGUGAGGAGCCAGGCCAGCGGCCCCCGACCAUCUUCAGCAAGAUCAUCGACCGCACCAUCCGGGCCGACAUCCUCUACGAAGACGACAAGUGCCUCGCCUUCCGGGACGUGGCCCCACAGGCCCCCGUGCAUUUCCUGGUGAUCCCCAAGCACCCCAUCCCCAGGCUGAGCCGCGUGGCCGCGGGGGACGCAGAGCUCCUGGGGCACCUGCUGGUGGUGGCCAGUCAGACGGCGAAGGUGGAGGGGCUGGUGGAUGGCUACCGAGUGGUGAUCAACGACGGGAAGCGGGGGUCUCAGUCCGUCUACCACCUGCACUUGCACGUGCUGGGCGGGCGUCAGAUGGGCUGGCCCCCAGGCUGAGCUGCAGCGACGGACGCAGCGCCAGCCCCGCUGGGCAAACCAACUCCUCAAUUAAAGCGCUGUGAGAGAGCC